AUGGAUAAGUGUGACGACAGAAAGGAGGGAGUCAGUCACUCUAAAACCACUCUGUGUGGGGAACAUGAGAGCCAGAACAAAGCUCAGAGAGUAAAGAUGGAGGAAUUUCCGCUGAAACAGCUUCUGAAAACACUGGGGGAUUUGGGAGAGAAGGAACUGAAAUAUUUGAAGUGGUAUCUACAAAAGCCUGGGUUUCUGGAUGGUUUACCAGCCAUCCCAAAGAGUGAUCUUCAGAGAGCUGAUAAACUGCAAACAGUGAAUUUGAUGAUCAAUAAAUACAACACUGAAGAUGCUUUGAGAGUCACACAGAAGAUUUUAGACAAAGUCAAGACUCGAACAAAGUCUCUUCAACAAUGUCAGUGUUGUCUCAAGUCUAACCUGAAGGAAAAGUUUCAAAUUGGCUUUGAGAGAAGUGUCAGAGCGGAAAUCCCAAUCCAAGCCAGACUGAAUCAGUUCUACACAGAGCUCUACAUCACAGAGGGAGAGACUGCAGAGACCAAUGUUGAACAUGAGGUCAGACAAAUUGAAAAAGCAUCCAGGAAACCAGACAGACCAGAAACAACAAUCAGACAAGAAGACAUCUUUAAAGACUCACCUGGAAGAAUUAAACAAAUCAGAACAAUGCUGACAAUGGGAGUGGCUGGCAUUGGGAAAACAGUCUUAACUCAGAAGUUCAUUCUGGACUGGGCUGAAGACAAAGCCAACCAGGACAUUAAGUUUAUAUUUCCAUUCACUUUCAGAGAGCUGAAUGUGAUGAAAGAGGAAAAGUUCAGCUUGGUGGAACUUGUUCAUCACUUCUUUACUGAAACCAAAGAAGCAGGAAUCUGUAGCUUUGAAGGCUUCCAGGUUGUGUUCAUCUUUGAUGGUCUGGAUGAGUGUCAACUUUCUCUGGACUUCAAUAACACUGAUACCCUGACUGAUGUUACUGAAUCCAUCUCAAUGGAUAAGCUACUAACAAACCUAAUCAGAGGGAACCUUCUUCCCUCUGCUCGCCUCUGGAUAACCACACGACCUGCAGCAGCCAAUCAGAUCCCUCCUGAAUGUGUUGACAUGGUGACAGAGGUCAGAGGGUUCACUGACCCACAGAAGGAGGAGUACUUCAGGAAGAGAUUCAGAGAUGAGGAGCAGGUCAGCAGGAUCAUCCCCUACAUCAAGACAUCACGAAGCCUCCACAUCAUGUGCCACAUCCCAGUCUUCUGCUGGAUCACUGCUACAGUUCUGGAGGAUGUGCUGAAAACCAGAGAGGGAGGACAGCUGCCCAAGACCCUGACUGAGAUGUACGUCCACUUUCUGGUGGUUCAGGCCAAAGUGAAGAAGGUCAAGUAUGAUGGAGGAGCUGAGACAGAUCCACACUGGAGUCCAGAGAGCAAGAAGAUGAUUGAGUCUCUGGGAGAACUGGCUUUUGAUCAGCUGCAGAAAGGAAACCUGAUCUUCUAUGAGUCAGACCUGAAAAAGUGUGGCAUCAAUAUCAGAGCAGCCUCAGUGUAUUCAGGAGUGUUCACACAGAUCUUCAAAAAGGAGAGUGGACUGUACCAGGACAAGGUGUUCUGCUUCAUCCAUCUGAGUAUUCAGGAUUUUCUGGCUGCUCUUCAUGUCCAUCUGACCUUCAUCAACUCUGGAGUCAAUCUGCUGGAAGAACAACAAACAACCUCCCAGAAGUUUUACACAAGAGAAUCUGCAGAGAAACACUUCUACCAGAGUGCUGUGAACAAGGCCUUACAGAGUACAAAUGGACACCUGGACUUGUUCCUCCGCUUCCUCCUGGGUCUUUCACUGGAGACCAAUCAGACUCUCUUAAUAGGUCUGCUGCCACAGACAGGAAGUAGCUCACAGACCAAUCAGGAAACAGUCCAGUACAUAAAGGAAAAGAUCAAUGAGAAUCUGUCUACAGAGAAAAGCAUCAAUCUGCUCCACUGUCUGAAUGAACUGAAUGAUCAUUCUCUAGUGGAGGAAAUCCAACAGUCCCUGAGAUCAGGAAGUCUCUCCACAGAUAAACUGUCUCCUGCUCAGUGGUCAGCUCUGGCCUUCAUCUUACUGUCAUCAGAAAAAGAUCUGGAUGUAUUUGACCUGAAGAAAUACUCUGCUUCAGAGGAGGCUCUUCUGAGGUUGCUACCAGUGGUCAAAGCCUCCAACACAGCUCUACUGAGUGACUGCAACCUCUCAGCGAGAAGCUGUGAAGCCCUGUCCUCAGUUCUCAGCUGCCACUCCUGUAGUUUGCGAGAGUUGGACCUGAGAAACAAUGACCUGCAGGACUCAGGAAUGAAUAAUCUAACUGUUGGACUGGAGAGUCCACAUUGCAAACUGGAAACUCUCAGGCUGAAUGGCUGUAACCUCUCGGAAGGAAGUUGUGAUGCUCUGUCAAGAGUUAUUCAAUCCUCUAAUCUCAGGGAGCUGGAUGUGGGUAACAACAACCUGCAGGAUUCAGGAGCAAAACUACUCUCAGCCGGAUGGGAGAGUCCACAAUGUAAACUGGAGUUUCUUAGAUUUGAUCCUGGUGGAGUCCGAUGGCUGAGGCAAGGAGUGGUGGAUCACGAAGAUGGUGUGCCCGGAUUGGAUGACGAUCUGGAGGUGGAGUAUCCUCGGUUUUACCCCAACCGGCUGGGGCUGCGACAUGCACUGUGUUGUUUUGUGAAUCCAGGAGGAAAUUCCUGUGAACUCACAAUUGACUCAAACUCAGUACAUAGUAGGCUCAAGCUGUCUGACAACAACAGGGAGGCAACGUAUGUAAUGGAGGUUCAAUCAUAUCCUAAUCAUCCGGACAGAUUUGACCGUUAUCCUCAGCUCCUCUGUAGAAAUGGUCUGACUGGUCGCUGUUACUGGGAGGUCGAGUGGAGAGGAAGGGUUCAUAUAUCAGUGAAUUACAGAGGAAUGAGCAGGAAAGGGCUCAGUGCUGACUGUGUGUUUGGAGGGAAUGAACAAUCUUGGAGUCUUUUCUAUUAUGAUGGUGGUUAUUCUGUCUGUCACAGAAACAAAGAAAUAUCCAUCACCACCAUCUCCUCCUCCUCUGUCGCUAACAGAGUAGCAGUGUAUGUGGACUGUCCUGCUGGCAUUCUGUCCUUCAACCAAGUCUCCUCUGACACUCUGUUCCACCUCCACACCUUCAACACCACAUUCACUGAACCUCUUUACGCUGGAUUUGGACUUUGGUCUCCUGGUUCCUCAGUGUGUCUGUGUUCUCUAUAG